AUGGCCAGCAUCGUGAAUGUGUAAGUAGGAUUUCUUCUGCUUCUUUUUUUUUAAUCUUCUGGGGAGAGGGCUUGGGUUCCCCCACAUGGCCAGCAUCCCCAUGGAAUUUAACCCCUUCCUGAACAGCUUAACUUCUCUUCCCGCCCUCCCUUUCCCUGCCUUCCCAUUCUCCCUCAAAUCUCAUUGCAGCUCAGCUGGUUAGAGUGAGCUACAGAUAGCACCAAGGUUGCAGGUUCGAUUCUCAUAAGGUACAGCUGCAUAUUCCUGCAUUGCAGGGGGUUGGACUAGAUGAUCCCCAGGGUACCUUCCAUGAUUAUUAUUUUUUGGAUGCUUUUUAUUACAUUCAUAGCCCACUUUUCAUCCAAGCAGUUCAAGGUGGCAUUUAUGGCUUGCCUUUCCCCCUGUUUCCCCCCACAGCAAACCUGUUAGGCAAGCUAGGAUGAGAGUGACUGGACCCAACAUCAAACAGUGCACUUCAUGACUGAGUGGGGAUUUGCACUCGGAUCUCCCAGGUCCUCCUAGUCCAGAAUUCUAACCACUAUACACACACACACCCUCUCUCUCUACCCCUUCUCCGUUUCUCAACUCUUCAGCCAUCAACUGCAACAGACAGGCGUUCUGUCAGUCUUCCUGUCAGUCACUCUGGCUCUAAGAGAGUUUUCAUUGCAUUCUUCGGCUCAUCUAUGCCUUGAUGAUUUGAUGACCUUCCUAGCAGCCCCCUUCGCUCUCCAGUCAGGGCUGCUGUCCUAAAAGCAUUAUGCUGAGGGCUCUUUUAAAUGCUGGAAAUGCUUCCCUUAUCUUUGCUUUGCCAGUAGUGAGGGGGGGGGGAGAGUGUUGGUAUCCCCCCCCCCCCGCGCACACAAACAUGAGAUGCACCACUGUGUUCCUGUGAGUCUGUGGGUGCAUAAAGAAAUGAAAAGAGCCCUAUUGCUGGAUCAGAGGAAAAGCCCAUCUAGUCCAAACUCACAAGCAGUAGCCCACUCCUGUUGCUUGUCCUCUAGCAGUUGGCUUCAGAGGUAGAGUGCCUCUGUUCCUGGAAGCUCUCUAUAGCUAUGUUCAGUAAUAGUAAGAGUUGCUGUUUUUCUCCUCCAACAAUUGGUGUAAUCUGCUUCCCAGCCCUGCAGGCUACUUGUCCUUGUAGCAUCGUGUGCCUGCAAAUUUCAGAAACUGAUUAAACAUGAUGUGAAAAAGUUCCCACCAGCAUUCUAAAAUUAGUUGAUUCUAAAAUUAGUUGAUUCAAAGGGGGCCCUGUGAGCAGCCCAACUCCCCACGCAGCCUAUAUCAAGCUAGCUUAUUUGUAACAAGAAUUAAUUGAUCUCAGACCUUAACGAAGGGUCGAAUUUAAAGUGCUUGGUGCAAGUCUAUAGCGACCAAUCAAUUGGAGAAUUAAACUAGGUUUAGGAGUUGGAGUACAAGAUUUGAUCGGUCCCUUAAGUCAUAUUAAGUGCGGUUUUGAAUUUGGAUGCUGGACGCUUGCGCAAAUUUGAUCGCGCCUGCGUUAAAAAGGUGGUGGGGAGGCCCACGUGGUUGAACAGGGGCUCAGUAGCUGCUAGCGCAAAGCAUAGUAAAAACAAUGGACGCUCCUGGUCAUCUGAGGCGCUUUAACAGGAUUGGAAUUUAACCAUCGCAGUGCAAGUACACCCUAAUUUAAGAACUUAGUAAAUUAAGAGGACACUUCUGGGCGUCUGGUGUGCCCCUUACAAGACCCAAAUUUAUCCACCGCGGCAAGUGCAUCCCAAAUUAUUGAGCUUUCUUCCUAUCGAUUGUUGUAUAGCAAUUGACAUUAGUGGUUCCUUUGGUUUGGUUUGGUUAUUUUGGCGCAGCAAAAAAUAUUUUAUAAAGGGCAUUGAAUUCACUAGUAGGGGAUUUGCAUCUAAGCAAUAUUACAACCUGUUUGAUAAGCAGCGCACUGGUUUGCAUUUACCGGCUGGUAGCCUAUUUCUAUACUAUCUUACCUGGAGUGUGUUUCACCUCCAGUGCAUCUAAUACUGAACUAAUUGGGUUACAGUGGGCUUCAUUUUCACUGCACAGUGUGGACAAUACUGAACUAGCUGGCUAUCAGUGUGCUGAUUGUGCUUACCACUCAAAGUACCUCCCAGUGUAGACAAUACUGAACUAGCUUGCUUUCUUUGUUCUGAUUGUGCUUUCCAUUGAAGUACCUCCCAGUGUAGACAAUACUGAACUAGCUUGCUUUCAUUAGGCCGAUUGUACUCAACAGGUGGGCAUUUUGACUUAACUUGGUGUUAGUGGCAUAAUUCACUGCCUGUGUAGUCAUUACUGACCCGGGUUGCUGGUACGCCUGUGUCCGCAUGGCUUCUGGUAGAAACCAACAGGCAUCUUCCCGUAAUGGUGGCAGGGCUGGCUCCUCAGGUGGACCUCAAAUGUCGUGCGAUCCUGAAGCAUUUGCUCAAUUUUUCUCGGCAUUCGAAACCUUUUACAUGCGGUGCAGGCCAGGAGUGAGGGCGCUUCCUGCUCCCCCUCCUGCAUCCCAGGAUUACAUACCUGACACCCUUCCGAGUAAUCAAGAGCGCCCUAGUACCUCAGCCUCUGGCUCUGGCCCCGCCCCGCCCACAAACACCUCCGGUUCCCGCCCCUUAACAUGUUCCCAGUCCUCUCACUCCCUUAGGUCAAAAUCGGCCUCCUCGGGUGUUAGGACCCUUCAUAAUGGGCUUAACAACACUAACAAUCAGCAAGCCAUAGAUGUGCCCAGUAUCUUUCAGGAUCCACCACCGCAGCCCACAACAGCAGUAGGAGAUUCCAGGUCCUCUUCCGAUGGGGAACACCAGGGACACCAGGACGUGCCCUCGGCUGCAGCCCCGACCACGACUACCGGUGAGGAACAGGGCGGAAAAAGGAAAUCCAAGAAGAAGCACACGUCAAAGAAAAGCAAGAAAAGCAGGACGUCAGACUCCGAGGAUGAGUCAGGUACCUCCUCUUCCGCUUCGGAUAGUGACGCCCCUAUGGAAGACUACUGGGGUUUGGGCGAGGACAUUUCCGUGCUCCUCUUGUGGGUCCACGAGAGGAGGGCCAAUUCCCAUCGUAAGUCCUUUAACGGGUCCUUAGAAUGGGAAGGGGGGUCAUUGGUGGAAGAUGUAAAAACAUCCACCAAUGUGUCCACUGACUUUAUAUUAGGAAACCACUUAUCACAAAAGAAAAGAACUAAGAUUCUCAAUGGGGACUACAUUGAUAUAUUUACUCUCCUCCCCCGACUAAAAUGACAGGGAAAGGAGAAAAGAAACGUUUGUAUGGGAAGCGGAGGUAUAGGACCCCCCGAGCCGAACACACUUUUGAAAAUUGGUUAGAUGGGUACCAGGUUUUUAUGGGGAUAGUUUCAGUGGCUUAUCCCAAAUGCGUGAUGCAUCUCAUCGCAAACAUAGCGCAUGUGAGAAGGGCAUUUGCCCUAGCGAGGGAGAACGCCGCUUUAUCUUAUGAUGAAGAUUUCCGUAGAAAUGCUUCCCUUUUACCAUCCACUCGCUGGGACCUGAGGGACCAAAACUAUUGGAUGGAGCACGUAGGCCCGUAUGUUGAAAAGAAAUCUCAGGACUCCUCUAAAACUGGGAAGGUGGAACCAAAGUGGCGACGUCAAUGCUGGGACUUCAACAAGGGGGUCUGUUCUCGGUCGGCCUGUAGGCAUGCUCACGAAUGUGAGAGGUGCCUCGGCAGCCAUCCGGCCUCAGCGUGCUUUAAGGGUAAGCAGCCCUUUCGGGGCGGAAGGGGGUACUCACAUCAAGGCACAAGGGGUACCCUCGGACAACCCCAAGGGACUGCCGGGGACCGCCAGUAAUAGCUCUCUAGGGUUAGCCUUCACUCCAGUCAAACUACAUCCUUUAAAAACCCUGCUAGAUAGUUACCCUGAUAAAAAAGCAGCCAGAUACCUUUGGGAGCGGUUUCUUUAGGCUUUAGAAUCCCGCUUUCUUUCCCACCCAACCCUUGCGAUCCUCCUAAUCAGAAAUCAGUAAGGGAAAUGCCUGAGAUCGCGAGAAAGAAAAUUCAAAAGGAAAUCGCGGCUGGGAGGGUGGCCGGUCCCUUUAAAGUGCCACCUAUCGAUGGUUUGCACAUCUCCCCGCUGGGCAUAGUCCCUAAAAAAGGCCCCGGGGAAUUCUGCAUGAUCCAUAAUCUUUCCUACCCAAGGGGUGGCUCAGUCAAAGAUGCCAUACCACAAGAGCUUUGUUCGGUAAAAUACGCUUCUUUUGACCAUGCCGUAAAACUGACACGCAGAUUCGGAAAAGGGGCGCUGCUGGCAAAAUGUGAUAUCGAUUCGGCCUUUCGCCUCCUGCCAGUACAUCCCAAAGAUUUUCGCUGGUUGGGUUUCAGGUUCGAAGGAUCUUACUUUAUCGACAAAGCAAUGCCAAUGGGUUGCUCAGUGGCAUGUGCGGCCUUUGAAUCCUUUAGUACAUUUCUGGACUGGGCGCUCCAAUUCAAAACAGGUUCCACUGGGGUGUCACAUUACCUCGAUGACUUUAUUCUCGUUGGUGCCACAGAACAGGAGUGCACCAAUUUGUUGAAGGCAUUCAUAUCCUUAGCAGAGGAACUUGGUGUUCCGUUGGCGGCAGACAAAACCGAGGGCCCAGCCACAACCAUGGUUUAUCUAGGCAUUGAAUUAGACACAAUCGCCCAGUCCUCCAGGUUACCAAGGGAAAAACUAGUGGCGCUUAAGGACUUAAUCCAACAGCUCCUCCCGUUAAAAAAGGUUACUCUUCGGCAAAUCCAGUCUUUAUUAGGCCAUCUAAAUUUCGCAUGCCGAGUAGUAUCCCCGGGCCGCCCUUUCUGUGCCCGUCUGGCUAGACUGUCGGCGGGCCUUCGGGCACCCCAACACAGAGUUCGUCUUUCCAAGGCGGUUAAAUCCGACCUUGAAGUAUGGCUGCAGUUCCUAGACAAGUAUAAUGGCAUUUCUUUGUGGCAGGACACCAUGCUGCUCCAUGCUGAUUUUCAGGUCCAAUCAGAUGCGGCAGUCUGAAAAGUAGUCUAUUUUAAGUCUAUUUUCUUUCUCCUGCUGGCAUGCAAGGGGGAAGGGAGUGUGCAUCUCUCAAGAAGGAGGUGUCGCUCAUUGAAGAUCUCCCUGGUCUGACCGAAGACCAGCCAGGGAAGAUCACCGGCAACAGGCCCCAAUGCCUGGGAAGAGGAGUCAGCCUUUCCCGAGGGGGCCAGUUUCCAACAAGUGGUAGCAGAGUUGCUGGUUGUGCCACUUCCAACGACGUCUGCCAGUUCCUGAUGGAUGGCUGCCUGGUGAACGUGGAUCGAAGGAUUCUCCGGUUCAUCGAAGUUCAGCUGUUUUCCUGCUGUUUGUUUUUUGGAUUAAAACACAGCAAAAGUCAAGUUCCUGCAUUCCCGGGAGAGCUGUUUACCCUGCCGGUAACCGCCAAGGAACUGUGAGUACUCUGUGCUGAUUUAUGGGCUCGUUAAGCAUCAAAGGCAAAGGACGCACGCCGGAGUUGAGCAGUUAAGGCUCAAAGGCUGUUGGAAUUUACAGCUUGCUUGCUGCCAAGGAUUUACAGCUAGUGGUGGAUAGCUGUUAAUUGGGAUCACGAUGGAUGCCAAACCGGGGACGGGGCUGCCCUACCCUCCGCCGUUAUCAGAUGGCAAUUAUUCCUCCUGGUCUCUGAAAAUGCAAGCCCUGCUUGAGAGACAGAGAAUAUUUGGAGUAAUUCGAAAUCCCAUUCCUGCUGCACCAACAAGGGCCUGGAAUGACUCUAACAUGCAGGCAAGGUCUGCAAUCGUCUUCUGUGUAGGGGACGAUCAGCUGGUGCAUAUUUCAGGUUUGGAAUUCGCAAGGGACAUUUGGCUUGCUCUACGACGUAUUCAUAUGCGCGAAGCAGCUGGGACUGCGCUGUUGCAUUUUGAGAAGCUCACAAACUUGAGACUUAAGCCGGAUGGGGAUAUCCAGGCGCAUCUGACACAGAUGCAAUAUCUUCGCCAGCAGAUGGCGCAGAGGAAUUUUCCACUUGAUGAGUCAAUCUUUGUUUCAUGAUCAUAAACAGCUUGGAUCAGAGAUUCAAGAUGGUUGCGAGUCAACUGGGUUCGCUCCCUGCUGCAGAUCUGACGGUGCAGCGCAUUUGUGCUGUUUUGCUUAAUGAGAAUGACAGACUGGCUGCAAUAGCUGUUGCUGAUGGGGUGAGUGAAGCUGCAUCUGCCAGUACUUCCCCCACCACUGUUGUUGCUCAAGAGGAGCAGGCUGUAGCCCUAAACGUCAUUCGAUGCUACAAUUGUGGUCAGGCUGGCCAUUUACAGAAGAACUGUAAAGAGAGCCGUGUUUCCAAAGGAGCCAAGGGGAGCUCAGCAAAGCCAGAGGCUACAAGCAAGGGUCGUGCCAAGGCACAGGCGAGACCAGCAAAGGCUUUGAUGUCGCCAAAGGCUUCAUCAUCGGUUGAGAAUGCGUUUGUAAUAGACGCAGGAGCUACAGAGCACCUAGCGGCACGGCGAGAAUUAUUCUCUACAUUUCAGGAUCAACGCUUCACUGUGAAACAGGCCAAUGGUCAGGAGAUGGAAGCAACUGGAGUCGGGACUGUAUAUCUGGAGAGUCUGAAUUUGACUAUAAACAAUGUUUACUUUGUCCCAGGUUUAAAAUUCAACUUGCUGAGCGUAUCUCAGAUGACAAAGAAAGGAUUGGUGAUAUCCUAUGAUGAGAAGAGAUGCAGGAUCUUCAAGGACGGAAAGCUGUAUCUUUCUGCCAAAGAGAAAGAUUGGUAAUUGGUCCUCUACCGCCCUCUUAGAGGCAAAGCAAAAUUCUAUCUUGUAAUUGUUGAUCGUUAUUCUCACUAUGUGUGGAUUCACGUACUGGAGAAACCACAGGAAACCUUAGCAAAGUUCAGAGAGUUUUGUGAUAAGGUUAAAUUUGUUCAUGAUGCUAAUGUCACAGAUGAAAAGCCAAUUUUUGUUUCACAGGAUUUUCAAGAUUUCCUUGAGAAACGUGAGAUAGAUCAUAAGAUUGCUGUCUCUGAAGCUUCAUGGAACAAGAGUGUGUGUGUGAAGGUGAACACAGAAUUGCAGAAAGGCAUGAAAGCCCAACUGCUUAGUUCACAUUUGCCCCAAGAGUUCUGGGCCGAAUUGCUGAGCGCAUAUUCUUACACGUGGGUAAGACAGGUUUCAGCAGAUAUGGAAAGUUCUCCAUUUGAGAGGCUGUUCCACAGAAAACCUUCAGUUAAACACUUUAGGGUCUUUGGAUCGCAUGUGCGUGUGGAUACACCACAGGGAAUUAAGGGUGUCAAGGGCAUUUUUGUGGGUUAUGAAAAGGGUUUCUACAGAGUAGUAUUGCCUGUGUCUGAUCAAGUGAUUCUCACAAAGUUUGUAGCGAGCACUGCAAGACAGGAGAGAGAGGUUCUCCACACAUUUCCCACAGAUGUCAACACAGAUGAGUAUUCUGAUACUGAGAGUGAUACAGAGAGCUCAGAGAGUUCUGCUGACACAGUCAUUGAGAAGGGUUCAUACACAAUGUCCAGUCCUUCACAGGUUAAGGCUGAACUGGAAUUGACAGAACCACUGUUUACUGUUGGGCGUGGUUCUCCCAAAAGUCCCAAGGAUGAACCAGUCAGCAAGGAGGAUCUGCACCACAUUCGCAGAUCUGAGAGAGUCACAAAGGGAAUACCACCCAAAAGGUACUCUCAGGAGUUUGCUAACUCAGCUGUUGCAUGUGUUGCUGUAGUUAACAACUCAAGCCAGGUUCAAGGUUUGUCCAAGACAGAGACAAAGUCACUCCUGAAAGUUGCAAGAAGCAACGCAAUUCUCCCUAGCCAAGGUAGAGCAGAAGCUCUAAUUCCUUGGAAAACAGGCAACCAGGGGUUUACACUGGUGGAACCAGUGACAGGUAGUUCCAAAGGUGGAACUGAAACAACAGGGGAUUGUUAUGUGUAUAACAACUGUUUGUUUUCUUCUCUAGAUGCUGCUUUUGUUUUCGCAACUCGCUUCAACUCAUAUGGGGGAGGAUGUUGUAAUAUGAGUGCUCAGCAGCUGCGAAGUAGCAGCUCAUUGUUUACAUCACAUGAAUUGUCUGAUGUUUCUGAGCGUGGGACAGGAUGUUCAACUCUCUUCUCAGGAAUGUGUUCUCAGUGUAACAUGAGACCUUCCUGUUGUUCUUGCAAAGGAGGAGUUUGUGAGAUGUCUGGAGCUUUCUGAGAGAGCAGACAUGCUUUGUGCAAGCUCUUAUGCAGUGUACAGUCCAGGAAUAAAGUAGACUUAAAAUAGACUACUUUUCAGACUGUUUUCUUUCUCCUGCUGGCAUGCAAGGGGGAAGGGAGUGUGCAUCUCUCAAGAGGGAGGUGUCGCUCAUUGAAGAUCUCCCUGGUCUGACCGAAGACCAGCCAGGGAAGAUCACCGGCAACAGGCCCCAGCGCCUGGGAAGAGGAGUCAGCCUUUCCCGAGGGGGCCAGUUUCCAACAGGUUCCUUAGGGUUCGAGGUCUAUUUCAGAGGGCAGUGGUGCGCACAGCACUGGCCCCCGGCUUGGCAGGGAAAGCCCAUCACGCGGGAUCUUACCUUCUUAGAAUUCUUCCCCAUCGUGGUGGCUGUUCAUUUAUGGAGUGAGGUAUUUGUAAGCACAGGGUGUGCUUUUGGACCAACAAUCAGACGGUGGUAUCUGUUCUUUCAACUCAGUCAUCACGCUCCCCAAGGGUUGGCAAUCUCCUCCGUUCCUUUGUCCUCUUGUGCCUUGAACGCAACAUCUAUUUUUCUGCCAAGUUUGUGCCGGGCGUUAAUAACGCCAUCGCGGAUGCUCUGUCUUGUUUUCAGAUGGACCGCUUCCGCUCGUUAGCGUCAGAGGCGGAACAAUUGCCGCAAGCUUUCCCGGAGCACCUUUUGAGCCUUGGGAACAUGAAGUUAUGAAGGGAGUAUUGGCCUCAGUGGCACCAUCCACACUGAGAUCAUAUAAAAAGGCGUGGUCGGAUUUCCUAAAGUUUCGAGAUAGGACAUGUAACACUAGCGUUACAUUCCCUCCCUCAAAAGCCAAAGUCUUAAAAUAUUUAGUGCACUUGAAGGGUUUAGGUAGUGCGCAAGGCUCUGGAAGGAUGGCGUAGGCUACAGCCCCCUAGCAACGACAAAAGGAAACCUAUAACAUUUGACAUUCUUUGCCAAAUUCACAAAACAUUGAGAACUAUAUGCUGGUCAAAAUACGAGGCCCGCCUAUUCUCAGCAGCUUACUCCAUUGCAUUCUUUGCCGCACUUUGGAUCGGGGAAGUGGUAUGCGAAGGUGGUCCGAACAAUGCUCAGCGGGGUAUUCUGCUAAAUGAGCUGACCCUUUCCCGCACCGAUCUGGUUUUGCAUGUGCGCAGUUCUAAGACCGACCAGCAAGGAAAAGGUGCCCUGAUUCGAUUGUUAGCAACAAAGAGGGUGGGGCCUUGCCCGGUAAAAGACACUAGGCAUUUCCUAUACUUGAGACCUAACCUAUCCGGCCCUCUUCUAAUUCAUAGUGAUGGCUCCUUCUGUCCAGGCACCAAUUCACACGGGUGAUGCGGAUAGCAAUUGUGGCUUGCGGCCUCCCUGCAGCAGAGUUGGCUGCUCACUCCUUCCGGAUUGGGGCGGCCACCAGUGCGGUACACAUGGGCCUCUCGGCAGAAAGGAUUAAGAACAUGGGGCGGCGGAAAUCAGACGCAUACAAAGCUUAUGUUAGAAAGAACCAAUAACCAAAAGCGCUAUUCCUGAUCAUUUCUUGUCAUUUCAUUUCCCUUCCAGGAGACGCGAGAAUUCGCAUUUGGAUCGUGGGCCACAGUAUCGUUCACUGGGCAGCGAAGCGGGCUGUCGCGGCUGGCUUAGGACGAGGGCUGAACUUACCCUCAGAUGUGCACGUGACAUGGAUUGCUAAGAGGGGGAUGCGCUGGGCCGAGGUGAUGCCGGUCAUGAGGACCAGAGUUGCAAUCAAAGGCCCACCAGAUGCCUUAAUUAUCCAGCUGGGGGAAAACGACUUAGCUUACUGUAAAGCCAUAGACUUACAAUGGAACAUGUUUAGGGAUUUUGAUGAGCUACUUACCUCCUAUCCUAGACUUAACAUUUUGUGGUCAUCACUGCUGGAAAGGCGGAUCUGGAGGGAUUCUCGCUGCCCCAUCGCAUUGAACAGAGCCAGAAAGGUUUUGCAACGUACUGUGGCGCGUAGAGUGGCGGCACUGGGGGGACGGGUAAUCGACCACCCCAAUAUCCAGUUUGCAAAGGUGGCCCUCUACAGGGAUGAUGGCGUGCAUCUUUCGGAUGCUGGAAACGAUGUUUGGUUGAAAGAUAUUAUGUCAGGGAUUAGGGAUUGGUUACAGGCUUGAGGGUAUUGGCGGCGAGCCUGGGCUCGAAUGGCGGUUAGGCAUUGGUAGGGGCAUUGUUCUAUUAUUAUGCAGAUGAGGGGGGGAGGAAGCGCCAUCACCUUCCCCCAAAGCAAAAGGGUAGUCCGAUAAAGGAUUCCGGGGGGCGUGGCCUUGUCCUAAGCCUAUGGAGGUGUGGGCCCACGGCACUGUAAGGAUAUUUCCGUUCCUCCUUAAAAAGGGAGCAGGCUGUUGUGAGUCACAAAGUCUGCGUACUUCCGGCUCACAGGAAGUUUCUGUUUUUGUAUAUAGCUUUUGUCUCUCUCUGUUGCCUCGACACGCAGGCAGUCAUGUUUUUUCUUUGUUCUGACCAACGCUGAAUAAAGCUGUACAUAUGCUGCUCUCCUGAGUGCAUCUUUCGUUGUGCGAACUCUGCGAAAAGGGCGUGCAUGAGUCCUGGGAUGUGGACAGAUAUUUCCGAGGCUCGUGUCGCUAAUUGACUGAUACUGUAUCUAUGGGAGAUUGAUGGAUCGUCCUGAGACGACAUGGAGGCAUGAUGGCCUUUGUCUCCCUGGCAGUGUCCCAACAACAGGUUUCGGGCCCAGAUUCACUGCACUUACAGGAGAGUAAGACUGCGAAAGACUGCGAGAGGUAUGUGUGGAAAAGUCAGACUUGUGUGGGGCCUGGGAGACGAGCCAGAGGCCUCAUGAUUUAUGAGCUGCCAAGAUAAGGAGUUUUUGAAGUGAAAAAGACUCACGGCUCAAGUAAAAACCUGGAAUGGAGUUUUUACAAGCCUCAGGUGCUGUUCCGUGCCCAAAGCUUAAUGCCCACAAUUAUGAGACCUGGGCAAGGUGGUGUGAGGGCCUGUUGCGUCAGUUUGGAGUGUGGCAUACAGUGUGUGAAGCCCCUCCAUUUCCUCUGACAGAUAGAUGGAGGGCCAAAGAUUCAAGGGCCAUAGACGUGAUUGUCUGAUCCGUCUCUCUGAAGGAAAUUGUAACACUGGCUGGCAACACGACAGCAAGUCAGAUGUGGAAUGCUUUGAAAGUAGCCCAUCUGGCAGUCAUCCCAGCCCAGAGUUUGACUGUGUCAGAGGUCCUGGCUGUUUCCCAGAUCGAGAGUGAUUGCAGGGAUGCCGAGGGCACCGGUUGCAGGCUGCAGGGGGAGCUGACUGUGACAUCAUCCCAGGCAGCAUUCCAGCCUCCAGGGGGAGCCAAGGAGUCGGCAGCUGAGAGCUCUGUUUCCCAUGAGAGCCAAGGUCAUCCUCACAGAUACCGGAAGGCCAGAAGUAAACAGAGACAGAAGCCUGCAGAUGGCCCGAAGCAGAAGGGGGGUGGAAAGCCCAGGCCAGGGAACAACAAGGCUUUGUUUGCUGGCACUGCUUCACUAAAGGCCAAAGGCAAGUUUGAUGGCCAGGAGCAGGGGGGCAAGCUGCAGCCCAAGCCAGUGGAAAACAAGGUUCUGUUUGCUGCCACUGCUUCUCCAAAAGCCAAAGGAAAGUUUGUUGUUGAUUCUGGAGCCACAAGGCAUUUAUCACGCCUCAAGAUGGAGAGAUCCACCAGGCUGAUGGAAAGACGCUGCGAAUCGCAGCAGUUGGGACAGUGAAACUGGCAAGUCUGCAUACAACCAUCAAAGACGUACUUUAUGUUCCAGAUUCUGCAGACAGUUUGCUCAGUGUCCCACAGCUGACUGGGUGUGGCUUUGAGAUUUCCUUCAAGAAGAGCAUCUGUGUCAUCAGGAAAGGCAAAGAGGACAUUUUGCAUGCAAAGUUUAUGGAUGGCUUGUUCGGUAUAACUUACGAUGACAAUGGUGUUGCUGUGUCUAAUGUUGAAUCUUGUUGUGUUGCACAAACUAACAAAGAUCUUCAUGCAGGAUGUAUUCACGAGGCGCACCAAAGAUUUGGCCACAUGUCUUGGCAGGCACUGGCCAAGAUGCCUGGGUUGGUUCAGGUUUUGAACAUCAAGCCCUGUAAGUUUUACAUGAAAUGUGUAUCUUGUGCAGAGAACAAGGUGAAGGUUGCUCCAAAAGGCAAGGAGUCUAGCAGGCAGGCUUCCAAACCCUACCAGCUAGUCCACGCAGACCUGGUUGGUCCACUUACGCCCUCUUUGGGUGGAGCAAGGUACUUCAUGGUACUUCUAAUUGAUUCUUUUUCCAGGUACAUUUAUGUGUUUGUGCUCCAGCAGAAGUCAGAAGCGUUUCCUAGGUUCAAGGCAUUCUGUGCAUGGUUGGAGAAUGCUCACAGUAAACGUAUCGGCUGUCUGUUUACUGAUCGAGGCGGUGAAUUCACUUCUCAGCAGUUUGACGCUUUCCUGACUGAGAAGGGAAUCCAGCACGACCUCUCAACGCCUAGAUCCCCAUGGAUGAACGGACUUGUUGAGCGAGCAAGCCAGACUUUGCUUCAAGGCCUAAAAACCUUGUUGCAUGAUGCCAAUCUCCCUGAGAAGUUUUGGAGGGAGUCUCUGUCCACGUUUGUUUACACUUAUAAUCGCAGAUUGUCAUCACCUAUUGGUUGUACACCCUAUGAGAAGAUGUUUGGUAAGAAACCUUACGUCAAGCACAUGAGAAUCUUUGGUUCUGACAUGUGGGUCCACACCCCACAGAGCAGCAAGCUUGGAAAGCGUGGGGCACAUGGUUUGUUCAUGGGGUACGAAAAAGGUGCAUACAGGGUAUGGAUGACUGACUCGACGUCCAUUAGGUUCACAAAGAGUGUUGAGUACAAUCCUAAGUGGGGGGGGGGGAAUGUGGGAAUUUUCCAGAGUCACUCAGAGGAAGAUGAAGAUGAUGUGAAAAAAAGCAGCUGAUGUUGAGGUAGAAGAGGAAGCUAAGGAUGAUGAGGGUGAUGAUCAGAGUUCGGAUUCCAGCUCAGUGGGCAGUGCUGCUGCUGGUGUCAGCGACAGUGAUAACACAGCAGACUACAAGAGCGCAAAGGCCUCAGUCAGACCAUCUGAUGCGUCUGACAAUGAACUGGAAGAACCACUGUUCACCAUUGGUCGCUUUUCUCCUAAGAAGGAGGAGAUGAGUGAAGAAGACUUGCGUCUAGUACGCAGAUCUGAAAGGGCCACAAAAGGCAAACCUCCAAAGAGGUUUCUGAUGAGUUUGCUAAGACAGCAACUGCUGUUCUUAGUACCUCAGAGAAGGUGUGGGAACCUUCAAACUUCAAAGAGGUUCAGGAGUUAACCUCUAAAAAUGCUGAGCCAUGGCUAAAUGCUAUGAAGGCUGAAGUUGAUUCCUUGGAUAGGAACCAAACUUGGGAGCUGGUACCGGUAGUCCCAGGAAUGAGACUGGUUGGCAGCAAAUGGGUCUUCAAGGCUAAGACAGACCAGAAUGGCAAGGUUAUCAGGCACAAAGCCAGAUUGGUUGCCAGAGGUUUUUCACAGGUAGCAGGACAGGAUUACCACGAGACCUACUCACCCACCGUCAAGUAUGAGAGCAUUCAGCUAAUGCUCAAGAUUGCUGCAGAGGAGAAACUGCACGUUUCCCAUCAUAACGUUAAUACAGCUUUUUUGUACUGGGUUUUGGGGGAAGAGCUGUAUAUGCUUCCACCUGAUGGAAUGCAGAUGCAGAAGGGAAUGGUCUGUAAACUUCGGAAGACCUUAUAUGGUCUCAAGCAGAGUGCCAGGUGUUGGAACACAAAACUAACUGAGACAUUGCUUUCUCUUGGUUUUCACCAAGGCAAAGCUGAUCCAUGUGUGUUUGUCAAGGAGGAGGGGCAAAACAAACUCUAUUGUUUAUGUUUUGUUGAUGAUCUUCUGAUGUUUUGGAAGAAUCAGGCUUUGUACCAAAGCACCCUAGCUCAGCUGAAGGAGCACUUUGACAUGAAGGAUCUUGGUGAGGUAUCCAACUAUCUUUCUCUGCAGGUGGAGAGGGACCAAGCAGGUAAUUUUCUGGUACACCAAACACAGAAAAUUGCUGGUGUAUUAACCAGGUUGAAUUUGGUUGAUGCAAACCCAGCAGACACACCGAUGGUGACAGGUUACCAGGUAGAUAGUACUGCUGAAGCGUUUCCUGACACUACGCUGUACAGAUGUAUUCUAGGCAAGUUGAAUUUCAUUGCUAGAUGUUCAAGACCUGACAUAGCUGUAAGCACUAACCUGCUUAGCAGACAUACCAACAAUCCUACUGUUCAGGAUUGAAAGCUCUGAAGCGCAUAGCCCGCUAUUUGAAAGGGACUUUGCACUACAGGCUGAGGUUCACCAGUCAGAAGACUGGAGGUCUUGAAAUCUUUGCACAUGCAAGUUUUGGAAGUGACACCACGGAUGGUACAAGCACUUCUGGAGUAUGCUACAUGUACAACCACUGCCUGUUUGACUGGCUGUGCAAAAAGCAGACGACAGUAAGCCUAAGUUCCUGUGAAGCAGAACUCAAUGCUCUGUCAUUUUCACUCAUGGAUUGUGAAUGGUUGAUGCAACUGUUUCAGAACAUCAGAGUUUCUGUGAAAUGUCCUAUACAAGUGUACCAAGACAAUAGAUCCUGUUUGGCUUUGCUGAACUCAGAGAGUUGCAAGCAAAGAACCACGUUCUUGCAGAUUAUGCUACAUCGCGCAAGAGAGUGUAUUCAGAAAGGACUCAUUCAGGUGUCCUACAUGCCAGGAAAUGAAAUUCCUGCUGAUCUGUUGUCUAAGGUUGUUACUAGAGAACAACUUAAGGUUUAUGUAUAGAGGUUGCAAUUGGGUUGAACCACAGGUACUACAGGUUACACGGAAAGUGGGAGGAUGUUAGGAUAUUUCCGUUCCUCCUUAAAAAGGGAGCAGGCUGUUGUGAGUCACAAAGUCUGCGUACUUCUGGCUCACAGGAAGUUUCUGUUUUUGUAUAUAGCUUUUGUCUCUCUGUUGCCUCGACACGCAGGCAGGCAGGCAUGUUUUUUCUUUGUUCUGAACAACGCUGAAUAAAGCUGUACAUAUGCUGUUCUCCUGAGUGCAUCUUUCGUUGUGCGAACUCUGCGAAAAGGGCGUGCAUGAGUCCUGGGAUGUGGACAGCUAUUUCCAAGGCUCGUGUCGCUAAUUGACUGAUACUGUAUCUACGGGAGAUUGAUGGAUCGUCCUGAGACGACGUGGAGGCAUGAUGGCCUUUGUCUCCCUGGCAGUGUCCCAACAGGCACGUCCCCAAGCGGUAACUCCGGGGGGAGGUCCUAGUUGACGUGCAUCAGCAGGACUCCCCCUAUUGGUGGUUAACCCUUACCGGUCUUCAAGCAAGCGGGCUGAAGCCGUUUAGUUGUUAGGACCAAUGCCUAAGCCAAUACCGCUCAUUUCCUGUAAUCAAUAAAGUUGUGGCCUAAUUCGACCCAUUAACCCGAAUUCUUGUGUCUCGUGUCUUUAUUUCUGAGGGGGGAGGUGGGAACUCGCCACGCAACAACAACAACAACAACAACGUCUGCCCCUCUCCUUCUCUUCUAGGUUCAGGCGACUGAAGGACAUGGCAGCCCGCAAGAAGAGGACCUGCAAAGUCCCCAAGAAGUCCAGGGUUGCUGUGGGCCCACAUGAGCAAAUGCUUCCUUUUCAUUUUGGAACGUAAGGAGGGGUGGCCUUAAUGCUCUAAUACUCAACUGAGGAAAAUAAGUAGAAAUGAACUAACCUGCCCCCAUGUCCUUUCCUUCUUCUCUUGUUGCAGAUGGUUCAGAGACUGGCAGGGUCUUGGCAUCGCCUGUGGUUAGUAUUUGAGAAAACAGCACAGUACAUACGAAAUCCCUCACCCCCCCCAUCCACCAGUGCUGUUUAUACCCCCAUUUUGGCGGUCUCAGAUGCAGAGAAGCCCUCCUGCCAUGAACUGACAGCCUGACUCUUGCCAUUUCAGCAACUGCAGAAGGAUGAGAUGUUCCUCUCCUGCGUGCUGGCCACUUGCUCGGAGGCCCACCAGAGAGAAAAGCACAGGUUGAGGUACUCCAAAAAGAUGGCCGUCAAGGCAAUUGCGGUGAGUGAGGUAUCCAGGGGGUACCUGGAUGAGGUAUCCAGGGGUGAGGUGGGCAGGAGAGCUGGGGAUGGGGUUUGGGGGAUGCUGGGCAGAAGGAAGGCCUGGCGGGGUCUGGCCAAGAGAAGGGUUGUGCAGGCAUUUGGCAUUAAAUUGCCAAUUCCUGCACUGAGUUUGGGGUUGGAGGAAUCCACCUGAUGUCCAUAGGGAACUGACGUUUUCCCCUCCACCCUCUGUUCUCUAUCAGGAUCUCAUGGGACGGAUUGUGUGCUUUACGCAGCCUGAAUUGGUCCUUGCUACGGCACUGGAAUCCCUUUACCAACUGAGGUACACUGGGUUUUUUGAGCUUGACAAGGAGCUGGGGGGGGGAGCAAAAUGUGGAAAGGUGUUUCCACCUGCUUCCCUCUCGAGCCGGGCGAGUAUGAAACCCAGGAAAUUUAAGGGACAUCAUCAAUCCAGGACAGCAGCGGGAAAUGGCGCUGGGAUAAGGGAGUUUCCCGCCAAAUAAGGGACGGUUGACAGCUAUGCCAGACCUUGCCACUUCAGUGAAUUACAGUGGUACCUCUGGUUACGUACUUAGUUCGUUCCAGAGGUCCGUUCUUGACCUGAAGCACCACUUUAGCUAAUGGGGCCUCUCGCUGCUGCCGUGCUGCCGGAGCACAAUUUCUGUUCUCAUCCUGAAGCAAAGUUCUUAACCCGAGAUACUAUUUCUGGGUUAGCGGAGUCUGUAACCUGAAGCGUAUGUAACCCAAGGUACCACUGUAGAUUGAAAUAAUUGCUUACAAUUUCUUGAGUUUUUGCGUUCAAAAAGCUUUAUUUAUGCAGCAAAUAUUUACAGGAUGAGUGGAGAAGUGAGAGAAAAUAGAAGAUAUAUUCUCUAGAGAUAACUUCGAAACAGCUCAGCUUUUAGGGGUGGGAUUAACUAAGACCUAGAGCCUUGCAAGGAAUGCGGGUGGCGCUGUGGGUUAAACCACAGAGCCUAGGACUUGCCGAUCAGAAGGUCGACGGUUCGAAUCCCUGCGACGGGGUGAGCUCCCGUUGCUUGGUCCCUGCUCCUGCCAACCUAGCCGUUCAAAAGCACGUCAAAGUGCAAGUUCCGGCGGGAAGGUAAACGGCGUUUGCGUGUCAAGACCCCGCAGCCACCCCCUCGUUGGAAAUAACUCACACAAGGACACAGAUAUUAGGUUUAUGUUAUUGGGCAAAUUUUGGCCACAACUUUAUUGAAUUACAGAAUGUGAGCGGUAUUGGCUUAGGCAUUGAUUGGACCUGACUAUAUCUGACUCCUGCCCAUUGUGCAGGAAGUCCAGUAAGGGUAAGCCACCGGUAGGGGGAGCCCUGUCGAUGCAAACCAACUCAAGCUUCCCCUGAAGUUCCCGUCGGGGUCGUGUCAAGGCCCUAGCCCCCAGCCGGGCUUCAGACUAGAUCAACACCCCCAGAUUCCUUUAACGGAAUACCCUUAAGCAUGGAGGGGCAGUUGAUGGCCACACCUCCCCUCCCCCACACAAGGUCAAACAAUGCCUAACCGCCACAAGAGCCCAAAGGCUCACAUCUGUAGUCAAUGCCUCAAGCCCUCUGCAAUAUCAGCCAGCCAUAUAUCAUGUAGAGUGUGGUGGUUAAAGGGUUAACCUUCUGUGCUUCGAGUCUGAGGGAAGGGCUUCUACGGGAAGUCAGCCAGGAUGUUACAUCACAGUUCUUUGUUCUUUGUUCUGUGAAAGUUAGUUUCGAUUUCAGUCGGAGUUGUGCUUUGAGAUGUCUGAAUUUUCUGGUGGACUGAUUUACUGCUUGGCAUGUAAAUAAAAGCUUCUUAGAUUAGAAGAACCGUGUCUCUGGACUGUUUUACUCCCUGUUUUUCUUCAGGGAAGCAACGUCGCUGCAGCUCUGCUAUUUCCUGCCUUAGGUGAAGUUUUCCCCAGAAGAUUGCACUGAGCAGUGUUUUGUGCACAGGGGAAGCACACUGGACAGGCAGAAGUUCAAGAUAUCAUUCCCCCAAUCGGAAAGGUGCACGCCAUCGUCGCAAAAUAAGGUCAUUUUGCUGAAAACAAUGGAAGGGUGCGGGAUCACCCGGCCAUUCAAUGCAACCACUUUCUGUGAAAUGGAAUGAUUCAAAUGCUUCCGGGCACGGUCUGCAGCGGCUGGGGAAUUGCUGCCACACCAAACGCGUCUCUCCAACAGCAGCGACCAAAUGGGAGUCAUUCUCAGGAAAUUCAGCGCAAGAGUGCCCAAGUCCUUUUUGAUAGUGAAAAGCAAGUCCACGCCCUUCCGGCAAGGCAAGUCGUUCUCUCCCAGCUGCACAACCAAAGUGUUGGGGGGGGGGGACAUGUGCCUCCACCCUGGCCAUCACAAUUGGCAUCAUCUCUGCCCAGCGCAUCCCACGCCUCGAUAUCCAAGAAAUGUGAAUGUGCGGUGGAAAACCCAGUUGGCAUCCCUGGCCAUUAGCGACCGCCCGUUCCUGGGCCCAGUGGACGAUACUGUGUCCCACAAUCCAGAUUUCUAUGAGGCUUGACCCUGAAAAUCAAGAAAAAUGACAGAGGCGUGUAAGUGAUUGGUCUGUUUUAAAUUUUGGAGCUGUCGCGGAUAUAGUUUUUGUACGCGUUGGAUCGCCAGCGACCCAUGUCUUUUAUUCUGUCUGUUGGCAAUCCCAAGUGAGCCGCCGUUGUGGCGGCCCCGAUCCUAAAAGAAUGGGCAGCAUAUUCCCUAGCCGGAAGCCCACAAGCUUCAAUGGCUUUGCGCAACACCCGAGUGAAUUGCUGCCUGGCAAGACGGGACCCAUCCUCGUGUACCAGGAAAGGGCCAGAACCUGGGGGCCUGAGACCCAAAAACCUUUUUGUGUCCUUUACAGGGCAGAGACCGCUUUUCAUGGUUGCCAUCAACCAAACCAAGGCACCCUUUCCUUUUUGGUCUGUUUUUGAGCAAAGGAUGCGAACCACCAACAUUGAAUCAGAAAGCUGAAUAUCAUCAAGCUGCAGGCCUUGGGAUAAAGGACCCGGUUCACCUUCAUGUACCACUUCACCAACUCUUAAAGCGCCAAAAAAAUGCUAUAGAAUAUGCAGCUGAGAAUAAACGGGCCUCGUAUUUGGACCAGCACACUGAUUUUAAUUUAUUUCGUAUAUUACUGAGGAGAUUGAAUGGAAUGGGCCUAUGCCCCUCCUUACUUGGUGGUUGUAAUCUGCGCCGCUGUAACAACUUCUCCUUCGUGAACCCUCCGGAUUACAAACCUUUUAUAGCCUUUUAUAGCUUUUUACUGCCGUUUUUAUAGUUGUUUUAUUAGACUUUUAAAUUAUUUUACUUCUGUUAGAAGUUUUUAAUCGUUUUACUUCUACGGUUGGCCUGUUGGUGCCAAUAUACGUAUCAACAAGGAUAUUCAAACCCUCUGCUGAGAAAGCCUGUCGCUGAUUAGUAACGCCGCCUUGAAGACUGGGCUAUGUUGAGAAGUGGAGGAGGAGGAGUAGCAGAGGAGUUGCGCCCAUAAAAGAUAAGUUCUCUCUUUUAUCUCCGUUUAUCUCUACUUUGAACCUCCGUAGUUAGUGAGACAGCGACAAAUGGGUCAUGGCAAGCGACCAAGAUCUGCUGAGAAAGGUUGCUCACCUCCAAGAGUAAAGCAGUCGAAGCUUGAAUCUCCCCACCAUCUACUAACAAUAACAGCAAAACAGAGCAAGUAACUGUUUCUGCGGUCGAAACAUACAACCGCUUUUGGCCUCUGUAUGAUCAAGGAGAGCCGGAAAAGCUAGCUGAUCCAGCGGGGGACGGAAGCCAUAGGGAAGCCCUCCUCCCUGAUACCCUAAUUACACCUCCGUCAUUGAAACGGGACGCAUUAGGGCAAACUGCCCAUGAAUUAGUACCUGAUCAAAUACAACUGGUAAUCAGGACUUUAAGCUUCAUUUUCAAGGAAUUGGAGGGGAUUUCUUUGACAUUGAAUAAACUUUCACGGGCCCUUCUGGCUCAUCUACCUUCCUCAACUGAGCUAUCUAAUUUGCAUCAAUCUCCUGUGCAGCUUGUAAGUGCCUUAAAGAGACAACCUGACCAGAAAUUUCACCUUAAGAGCUCAAGAUGCAGGCCGCCACUGCCCCAAAGGAAUAGGCAAUCCUUGAUUUUUCAACCUAAUAAAAUAUGUCUAGCCAUUUUUUCCCGUGACGCCCCCAGACUUAGGUGGAAUAACCUGAGGAUGGCUAAAGGGUACCUACGUGAUUUGUUAAAUAUUCCUUUUUCCCAGAUAGAUCUUAUAUCUGUAGUACCCCUAAUUGCCACGCCCUGGCCAAGGAAAUUUAUGCUCUCCUUCCAGUCUGCAAGGAUUCCACAUCUCCUUGCAAGAGAGAAAGAUCGGCUGGCACCCUGGGAGAUUGUAACAACAAGAGUCUUUAAGGACACGAGUGUUAAACCUCUUUUUGCCAACAUCUUAACCGGCAAUGAACGCUCGUUUCCUCCUUCUGUUCCUAUAAUAAAGGGGAAAACACCUAGCUGGGUACCCCCUGCUCCAUCUGCGACCUCAAGUGCCCAUCUAGCUACACUGAGGAAUGAUCCAAUUGCAAGCGGAGAUUGGAAUAUCCCUGAAGAGAGAAAUCUUAUCCUCUCCUAUGGAAAACUCCCUUCAGAAGAACAGCAGGCUAUUCUCGAUAGAUUGGAUCUACUCAAACAAAGACUCCUAUCGCAAGGGGACCCCUCUAUGCCGAUGAGAGAGGAGAGCAGGCACUCCACGUCCCACAAGGCGUCUCCAUCAAAUGCCCUGAUAAUCUCUCAACCUGCUACUUUGUUACCCCCUACUGAUCUGAAUCAGCAAUCACCUGUUGACCAACAGCUCCAACAGCACCAUUCUACCGUGGAGGAAGUUGAUAAACUCAAUACUCCCGUCUUAGACUUUAUGUCCAAUCAAAAUAUGGAAGUUGACGAUUCCUUUGCCUCAAUGCCUGAGCUAGAAUCUACCCUGUCUGAAGAUCACCAGGAAAUGACUAUGCAUGUACCAUCUCCGCGUUCACGUCCUUCUAUACAUCUGCGUGAUAAUUCUUCUCCAGCUGCGCAGCAACUACAAGUGAUGACUGGAACACCUCCUAGUGCUACCCUGGUUAAGACUGAUAACUCUGAUGGAUCUACUAGUAUAGCCCAUCAAAGACUUGCUACUACUCACCUCAAUGAACAGCAUCCGACCUCACCAACUUUGCCUAAUUCUUCCUCCCCGGCAAAGCCCUUCCUGCCUGUUAAUGUUACCAAAUCACGGAUUCAAUCAACACAGAAGAAGACUUUAUCCGCACAAACUAAAAUUACUGAUUUCCUUAUGGGUCCUCGCUCUACCUCCAAGAACCCAUUAAACAACUCAAAGUGACAAUUACCGGGACAGCACAAGGACCCGACAUUAUCAAUACUUAGCUGGAACAUUGCUGGUUGGAGAACCAAAAAUCAGACCCCGAAUUCAGGAAGUACAUAAAUUCAUUUAACAUCAUCCUAUUCCAAGAAACAUGGGAUGAGGAAGAGAUUACCAUAGACGGUUUUGAUCUUCUAACACUUCCGGCCUCCCCUUCCUUGAAAGGUGGUCGCCCCAAAGGGGGUCUUUUGAUUGGGAUCUCACUCCAACUUCGCGCCAAAUUCACCCUGGUACGGGCUUCCCCGCCUUUUGCUCUUUCUGGACUGAUCGCAGAAGGGAAGUCCUCAUUACUAAUUACUAAUGGUUAUCUCCCCCGAAGGCUCAGCACCUGAUCUUGAUUGGAGAUGGGAAUCAUUUGAAAAUCACCUAUUGUCAUGUCAUACCAAAUGCCCUAACUCGUACUCCUUAAUUGGGGGAGACUUUAAUGCUCGAAUUGCCACAAAUUGGGACCUACUAAUCAAGUCCAAAUGGUGGACUCCCCAUGUUUGGGCAACUUUGACUUGGAACAUGCUAGAAUUAGAACUUCAAAGGACAACAGAGUAAACACAGCUGGAGUGACCCUUACCAAAUGGCCAGUCGCCUGAAUCUAGUAUUCUUGAACGGCACCUUCCCCCGAUAUACCGGGGAGUUCACUCACCUGGGACCAGCAUCUAACAGUGUUAUCGAUUACCUCUUGAUCUCCGCAAAUUUGGCCGUCAAUGUACUCUCCUUCCAGGUUGAAAACCAACAUUUCAGUGAUCACCUCCCAAUAGUGACCACUUUGUCAUUGUUCCGGUACCAGAAGGACUAUAAACACUCAGUCCCUCUGGAAACCUCAUCAGCGACCAAAAUAAGUGGGAUCAAAUGGUCGGAGGCUGUGGCCCAAAAAUACCAGGAUUUUUUCCAUAGGGAAAUCACUGCCUAUCUACCUCAAAUAGCUACUGAUUUACAAGAUUCCAAUUCGGUUUUGAAAUUUUUUAACCUUCUUACAACAAACCUUACCACUUUUUUACAUUACCUCCUCAAAAGGCGAAAGUAGCGCAUUGCAGUGCUGGGGCCCCUUGGUUUAAUACCUCUUGCAAACAAGCAAGAUCCCUUCUUCGUUCCAUCUAUAAUGAAUACAAAAACUCUAAUGCCCAGGCUCUACCAUCCUCCUAUUUACAAGCCAAAAGAGCAUACAAACAGACUUUAAAGCUGGCCAAACGUGAGUGGUAUCUAAAGCGUUGGCGAGCCUUGAUUGCGGCCUCUAGAUCCCGCAGACCACAGGAAUUUUGGGCUUUGAUAAACAAAAGAGGAAGGAAGUACCCACUGACGAUUAUCCCUGCGCCCACAUGGGAACAAUUCUUGAGCAAAUAUUUCUCCUUGGCAGAGGAAUCCAACUCAUCCACUGAAUUCCGAGCCGACCAUCUACCUUUGUGGCCCUCUACCGACCCAGACCUGAUAAUGGACUUGAUAUUAGAUCUGAAAACGGGCAAAGCCCCCGGGCUGGAUCUAGUCCCUGCUGAGGCUAUUGUUGCGCAACCGAGGUGGUGGGCUGAAAUCCUGGCCAAAGUCUUUGAUGCAAUUAAUUCUACGGGGCUUAUCCCUAGGUCAUGGAAGGAGGCCGUGAUCGUGCCAGUCCAUAAAAAGGGUCCCCCUGCUGACCCGGAGAACUAUCGGAACAUCAGCCUUUUGUCUAUCAUCGGGAAAAUCUAUGCAAAAUUUUUGCUGUCCAAGCUGUCCAAUUGGGCAAACGACUCAAAUUUGAUUGGCCACGAGCAAGCGGGCUUUAGGAACAAUUAUUCGACCACUGACCAUAUGGUAAUCAUGUAUCAUCUUGCCAGAAAAUAUUCUGCCCCGAGUCGGGGGCGCCUAUGUGUCGCUUUCAUAGACCUAAAGGCCGCCUUCGACAGUAUCCCAAGAAACUGUCUAUGGAAGAAAUUAGAGAGAUGGGGCAUAGAUAGAAGGCUGUUAUGGCUUAUAACCCAAUUACACCAUGGGUCGUCGGCUAGAGUGAGACUCACACCGGCGGGAAACCUAUCCAACGAGGUCCCAAUAAAUAGAGGUGUGCGCCAAGGUUGCAUUUUGGCCCCACUCCUCUUCAACUUGUUUAUUAGCGAUAUGAAGCUCUUUCUGAAUGAGUCUCAAGCCAACAUUCAUGCCCCCCGCCUAGCUGAUUUUCGCUGCCCUCUGCUCUUAUAUGCCGACGAUGCAGCGAUCCUUUCCUACUCUAGAGUCGGUUUAUGCAGAGCUCUAAAGAUUUUUGCGGCUUAUUGCAAACUCAACCAUCUGACAAUUAAUCAUGGGAAAUCUAAAGUCCUGGUCUUUACCAGGUCUCGGAAAACUUACAGCUGGAAGUUAGAUGGAGUCCAAUUAGAACAAGUUUUCAAAUUUAAAUACCUGGGAGUCUUUUUCACUACAACCUAAGCUGGAAGCCACAGAUACAGUAUUUACUAAACAAAGGGAAAACAAUACUUUAUACUCUACUCCAAUUUUUUGCGGCCGACGGAGCCUCCCACAUCCCUUCUGCAUUGAAGGUGUACCAUGCAAAAGUGGUUUCCACCCUCUGUUAUGCUGCCCCGCUCUGGGCCCCAGGGUCCAAUUUAACAUCGUUGGGGACAUUGCAGAAUCAGUUUCUCCGCCGCCUCCUGAAACUCCCCAUGUGUGUGAGCAACGCAGCCAUACGUCUGGAGUUAAGGAUUGCAUCAUUGGAGACGGUCAUCUGGAAGCGAGUCUUUGGUUAUUGGCUGUCCAGCUGGCACAGGCUUCCCAACCAUUACCUUUUUCAGUGCCUCUGGCGGGACGACUUUGUCAAUCCAUGGGUAGGAAAAAUCCAUGCCAAACUUCUGAGCAUCGGAAUUUCCCCAGCGGACUCCUUAAAGAUGAACUUACGCUCAGCCAAAAGACUUAUUGAGCAGAGAUUAGCAGACAUUGAAAAUCAACACAACCUCGCCGGGGGUGAGGGUGUCUGCUCCCCCGGUAUCACGGAAUAACCUCACCACUUGGCCUUCCAUCAUACAUGUCAUCUCUUUCAUCUGUACCACACCGACAUGCAUUUAUUCGUGCAAGGUUCAAUGUCUUUCCAUCGAACCUGCUGAGCCACAGAUUUUCCAAGGGUUUGGUGUCUCCGCUAUGCGUGUGUGACGGGAAAACUGUUGAUUCCCUCUCACAUAUAAUGUUCAACUGUCCCCGACAUAGCAUAGCCAGGACUAAAUUCCUGGGCCCUGCUUUACUGCGCUUGGUUGGCAGGCCUGCUGAGUCACAUGCCGCACUACUUUUGCAGGAUACAGAUCCUUCUGUAACUCUGCAGGUGGCGAGAUUCCUGAAUGCAGUUAUCUCACACACAAAAACCACCAAAAACAACAACAUCAAAAACUAAUCGGUCAGUUUUGAAGAGAGUGCAUGUCGGAUCCCGUCUUCAGUUCUCCUUUUCUGGGAUCCGUCCCUUGGAGCUCUCCGGGCCCCAAGCUGUUAUCUGGCUCUGCUCAAUGACCCACCCCUGCAUCAUGGUGUUCACCUUCUGGUGCCGAAUAUAUUAGUCUUUAUGCCUCUGUGCUUUUAUGUUUGUACAUACUUUAUGGGCUAAUAGCCGUAAAUAAAUAAAUAAAUAAAUAAAUAAAUAAAAUAAAUAAAUAAAUAAAAUCUGCGCCACCCCUCGAGAGCCCUGCGCACCACGAACUCAGUGCAAGGGUCAGUGCAGUAAAUAGAUUUUGCAAAGAAGGAAAUUGCAGCCGAUUGUAUAGUUAAGGUCUUUGCUGCACGACCAAGGUUGCACAGAUGAACUAAGAAUUGCAGCGCCUGGUCCGUGGUGGGGGGCUCUUGAUGCGCAAUACCCAAAGAUUUUCUCCGAAAUGCUAGAAAAUCAGGCCAGGCUUUUGAGUAGGACCUAAGCAUAGAAGGGGCAACCGAAACCAAUACUCCCUGCAUCACGUCUCGCUUCCAAGGCUCCACAGGUGCUCCGGGAAUGGCUCUGGCAAUUGCUGUGCUUCUGGGGCUAACGACCGGAAGCGGUCCAUCUGAAAUCGAGAUAGCGCAUCCGCAAUAUUGUUAUUAAUACCAGGAAUGAAUUCUGCUGAAAAUAUGAUGUUAAAUUGCAGGCACCGUAACACAAACGAUCGCAGCAUCGUGGACACCCUUUCUGAACGCGAAGAUUGUUUGGUCAGGACAUUGACUACUGACUGGUUGUCUGUCCAACCAGGACUUUGUGAGGCAUACCCUGUGAUGUGGUGACCGCAGCCCUGCCCUGCAGAUAACCUAGCCAGCCGUGAGCAGAAUGGGCGCCCGGGGGCUACCACCCGACAGGCAAAGUUUAAGUGGCCUAGCAAGGACUGAAUUUGCCUGAGUGUUACUUUUUUGAGCGGGAGGAGCUGGGAGAUUGCCGUUUUAAGAGCUGUCAGCUUGGCCUCAGGCAAACACGACGUCUGGGCGACCGUGUCGAGCUCGAUGCCCAAGUAAGUCGUAGUCGUGACCGGACCCUCGGUUUUUUCUGCUGCCAGGGGAACACCUAACUCCAGCGAAAGAGAGGCAAGAACUUCAAGCAACGUUGCACAUGAAUUGUUAUUUGGCGGUCCAACCAGUAAAAAAUCAGAUAAACCGGUUUUGAAACGCAGGGCCCAAUCCGAAAAGGUGCUAAAAGUUUUGAAAGCAGCGCAUGCGACUGAACAACCCAUUGGCAUUGCUUUAUCCACGUAACAGGAGCCCUCAAACUUAAAACCUAACCAACGAAAGUCCUCAGGAUGUAUUGGCAGAAGGCGGAUUCAAUUUCACAGUUUGCUAAUAGUGCCCCUCUUCCGAAGGUCCGGAUAAGUUUGAUGGCAUGAUCGAAGGAGGCGUAUUUUACUGAGCAGAGUUCUCCUGGGAUGGCAUCAUUUACUGAGCCCCCUUCGGGAUACGACAAGUUAUGAAUCAUACGAAAUUCCCGAGGCGCCUUCUUGGGUACAAUACCCAAGGGGGAUAUGUGCAAAUUUGGAAUAGGUGGGCUAGUGAAAGGACCAGCCACCCGCCCUGCCAAUAUUUCCUUUUCUAUUUUCUUUUUUGCAACUUCGGGCCUUUCUCUUACAGAUUUUUGGUUGGGUGGAUCCUUGGGAUUUGGAGCCACCGAUACAGGAAUUCUAAACCCCCGGGAGAAGCCCUCCCAAAGGUAGUUUGCAUCUUUCUUAUUGGGGUACAAAUCAAGGAGGGCUUUUAGCGUGUGAAGCUUGAUGGGUGAAAAUGCAAGUGAAAGGGAAUUAUUGUCUCCGUGCACCCCUUGGGCAGGGGUUGUCCACCCUGUCUACUCUGCUGGUGGGACCCCUGCCUCCCAGAAAGGGCUGCUUUCCCUGUAACAAAACACAACAGGGUGAUUCCCCAGGCACCCGUCACACUCGUGUGAGUACUUACAACUUUGCCAUUGACAUAACCCUUGUUAAGCUCCCAGCAUACCUUGCGGCGCGUAUUUCUUUGAAGUCAGAUUUCAGAAAUUUACCCUGGUCCGACGGUUUCUUUUCUUUUUUUUAAAAAAAUUAAUUUUUAUUAACAAACCAAUCAAAUCACAUUAGUUCCAAAUUACAGAGUCAAAUUUUAAAUUGUUGUUUGGGGGUACCCAUGCUUCGAGCUCAGAAAGGAUCCGAUCAUCUCUAUUGCUGCUGCUUUGAUGUUCACAGCUCUGGCCAAAUAAUGUUCACAGUUCUAUCCAUUCCUCUCUUUGUUGUUUUCCUCAUCUCUUCUUGUUGUUUUCGUAUAUUUUUCCUUUCUUUGUGACCUCUGAUAGUCUCCACAAGCGAGUUGAAAACAAGCGUUUUUAUAAUCCUGUGUGGAUUUUUCCAUUCAUCCAAGAGUCAUAUUCAGACAGCAGACGCAUUUCAUCACUUCCAUAGAAAACAAUCUUAACGUCUGCUCAUUAAUCUUCGCAGGCCUGUCACUCCCUUCUCGAUCUUCUCAGGGGUUCUGCCAGGUCAGACACAAGUGUCCAAUAUAAUAACAAAUCCAUGGCUUCCUCCCCCUCUUGAUCGUCAACCCUGCAACAAAGCCUGCCGUCAUGGCGAAUCUCUUUUUAUAACUGCGUCAUUCCAAAAGCCUUUCACUCCUUUCCAGAUCUCCACAAGCCAAGCCUUUGGUUAGUAAUUCAUUUCCACACAGUUUCUUAAUCACCCCACUUAUAGUCAAUUGUUGCAACGGUUCUUCUUGGGGAGGGAUUGUUAGGUAAUCACAUAGAGAGAAAAAGAAAAGUCCCCCCCCCUUUCCGAUAUACCGACCCUUUGAUGUAUCUUCUUCUUGAUAUAUUUUCCUGUUGAAUCCAGCCCGUCGCUCAACUUCACAGAGGUCACUUCAAUUAGCAGUCUAAACUCCCGUUCUUCACUCGAAGCAUGUGCAUUUGCUGCUCUCUCUAAUUGUUUACUUUAAGCUCCUGCAACCAGGUCGCGCGAUCAGAGACGGCGUCGGGAGAGCCAGAAACCCACACGAGUGCUGUGCGCCUAGUGCCUUCACCCCCUUCUUCUUUCGAACUCGGGGGUGAUUUAUCGGCAACCGCAGGCGAAGGCAGUGUUUUCCCCAUUACCUGGGGAAACAAGGGAGGCUACAUACUCCCAUAUUAGCCUCUUAAUUACCCCGUGUGAGCCGGAGAGAUGGUAUUGUCGGCCAUCUUCCAAUGCGCCCCUGGCGGCCCCCCCGGCGGUUUCUUUUCGAUGUGGGGACCCAUGUACGUAAGCCAGAUAAAUUGGUCCACCCGAUCCCAGUGUGCAGAGGGCAGCAGUGCAGCGUUUCUCUGGAACAUUUUAUCUAAUGAAUGGCCGCAGAUUCUCUGCCCGUGGCGUAGGCCGUCCUCACGAGUGCUUGAUAGACAAUCAAAUGCAUCGCUCUUUUUGGAUAAGCCGCUGCUACUACGCAGAAAAAAACUUGGAAGCCAUUUAGCCAAUUUUCAAAAGUUUUAUCCGCCCUGGGUGACUAUUACUUUCGCUUACCAUAAACACGCUUUCUUUCAGAUUUUUCAUCUAGCGGGAGCAGCUUAAAGAUAUCUACAUACUCACCAUUCAAUAUUUUGGCCCUGGUUCUUGCAGACAAAUGAUUACCCAGGAUAAUAUCUUUGGGCCUGUUGGUAGAGACUUUAACGUCCUCCAGUAGCACCCCGUCCUUACACUUCAAGGUCCCGCCAAACCGCUUACAAUGGGAAUUUGCUCUCCUAUUCCAUGUCCAUAACGGUAAACCAGGAACCCCUUCACCCAGGCCCCAGUAGCAAUUCAGUGACUCAUCGCUAUCAGUCAGAGCUGGAUGAAGAGGAGGAGGACGUACCUGAGUCCAAGUCUGAGUCGUCCCUCUUGGAAUUCUUGCUCUUCUUGGAAUGCUGCUUAUGCUGUCGCUUUUGGGUGCUAUAGCUGCAUCUGGGUAUUGAAGCACACUUUCGCCCUCUGAGGACGUGUAAGCGCCUGCGAUUUGUGCCAACGCUUUGCUCGGUGUGGCGCUGGAAAACGACACUGAUGGCUGCCUCCCAGCCGAGACAGGGGAAUGGGGGGAAGAAGCCCGCCUAUCCGUCUUUCGCAAGGCCUUCCAGCCUGUGCGCCGAGGCUGCUCAUCCCUCCUUUGGGGCACGAUGGCAGACUGAACAUUUGUUCGCGCGUGCGAUGCAGAACGAGAUUGCUUGCUGUGGGGCUUAGGCGUGGGAGCCCCCUGCUGGGGUGCGGCAUUAGUCACUUGCAAAUUAUCAAAGAAGGCCUGGGAUGUGCCAGGCAUCUCACCAUCAUCACUCUUGGACCCACUAGAGUCGCUGGCUCCCGUAUCAGGAAGCCCAAUUCCCUCUCUGAAGCCAAAACACUCUUUCUGCCGUCCCAUGCAACACACAACCCACGUGCACACAAACAAACUGGAAGGACCGGCUGAAGCAACCACAAUCAGCGGCUAAAGCCAAGGCAGCGCUGAAGCUGUAUUAAGUAAACAAUGAGCCGCUUGAGGCAAGCUGGAAGGAGCCGCGUGGGGCUCAACAGCCAUGCCGAGCGGGGGGGGGGUGUGUGCUGGCAGGGGUUUGAGCCGCCGAAGGCAGUGGUCCGGAGACGGUGCUCCAAGGCUCAAACCGCGCCCUAAAGGUUGAAGCGCUGGAAAGCCCCAAACACUCUUUGCUGUCUAUCCGUCUCGAAGAAGACUCAAACACUCCCCUAAAUUGCUCAGCGCUCGGUCUCCCAACGGCUGCUACUCAAUGCAGAAUGCCGUGUUUAAAAGGAUAACCGAGCCGUUCGCUAGCCCUGUGGCGAGGGAGGAAACAAUAAGAAGCAAUCCUCCCCUCGGGGCAGCGAGGGAACACAGAUGGGGGGAGCCGGGGACCCAAGGGAAGGCUACAGCGAAACGCCUCUGUGACCGAGAGUGUAAGGUGGGGGCGCGCGCAAUGGGACCCACCAGCACCGCCGCUAGCCUUUAAUCCACGCAGCUCGAACAGAAGCCAUGAACGAGUGCACUUCAGCCGAGUAGCCCCCGAAAGGAUGGAUGAGGAAAUGGGGGGGGGGGGGAGUUGCAACCCCAGGUGCCUUUGGCGGAUCGGAAAUGUGGAGAAGGGCCAGGAAGGAGGGACAAAGGACAAAAGCAGGCAGUAAGCAGUUCUGAGGGGGCGCAACAACACACCCACACGGUUUUUCCUGGUCCUUCUCGCAACGCUGAACCACGAGGCAGGAAACAACCAAGAAACAAAACAAAAGGCAAAAUCCAAAGAGCAGAGAGACCGACGUCCUGAUCGAUUGAGGAAGCGAGCCAAAGAGGAAGAGGAAGUCCUCUGGCUCGCUCCUCCAUUUAAAUGGCCCCAGCCACGCCCCCCCCGGCCAGCGGAUUGGCUGGCUGGGCUCUGACAUGGCCGGGAUCCCCCAGGCAACGGGGGACAAAGUCCCCCAGCCCCGGUGGGAAGUGGGUGGCCACACGGUCCACCGCAACUCCUCCCCAGUGGGAAGUGGAGCGGAUUUCCGUGCACUGCUCUGGUUCGCCAGAAGCGGCUUAGUCAUGCUGGCCACAUGACCCGGAAGCUGUACGCCAGCUCCCUCGGCCAAUAAAGCGAGAUGAGCGCCGCAACCCCAGAGUCGGUCACGACUGGACCUAAUGGUCAGGGGUCCCUUUACCUUUAGAGGCUUGCAAACAAAGUGCCAGGUAGACUGCCACAUAAACAGUGUCCUCGUGUGUUUAUUUUAAUUUUAUCUUUAUUCAUUUUUAUCCUGUAAAAUUUAUUCACUGCUUGGUUGUAAAAAGUGGUUUAAGCUAACACAUGCAUUCACUAGAAGUUCAAGAAAUUGAAAUGUAUUUGAUGCCCCCUCCAAUAUGAGACAGAGUCUAAAACUUUUCCUCCUUCUCUCCAGCCUCAUGAAGCCCAAAUUACCACUGAAGCUCCACAGCCUGAUUGUGCAUGCAGCCUUUGCGGCGGUCAUUGAGGUAAAAACUGAGCCCGACAAGCAGGUAAGUUGUUAGUCUUGAAAUUUGACUUCUAUAGUUGUUUCUUCUUCACACGCUUUAAGCAUUGCUCCCAUUGCUCAACAUCUGAUCUCUCUUUCCCCUGCUUGGCGCAUCCUCUCCCUCCCUCAAUGAACCCAUGUGGAUGAAAAUUGCCAUUGCCUGUAGGAGUUAGAGGAACGUUAUAGUCUGAUGCUGAGAGGCCUCCUCUGGGAGGCCCCAAGCACUAAGAUCCUAAACUUGCUGAUGAAUGUAAGUAUAUUGAUGGCCUCAGUGGCUGUUUGACCUAGAAAGCUUUCAUGGAGAAGCCGCCACCUAGCAUAUACUUUCUCAGCAGUGCACCUCUUGGGCCCUUCCCCUCUUGUAAGGCAAGCUGGCCACAUGGAAUAGGCAGCAAAGGCCCACUUGCCCAGACAGCCAAAGGAGGGCCUUGGAUACAGAGCUACAAUUUGGGGCUGGAGGACAUUGCCAUUUUAGAACAGAAAAGGAUCUCUCUCUGAGAGUGUAAAGGGCUUCACAGUGGUCUGCCUCUCUCCCCCAGAGCAGCCUCCUGAUUCUGAGGUCCCCUUUCCUCCCACAGGAACUGAGAGGUUACACAACAAGUGUGGGUAGACGCACACCCGUCUCGCUCUUGGAACUUCACUAA